AUGGCCUUGGAGACGGUGCCGAAGGACCUGCGGCAUCUGCGGGCUUGUUUGCUGUGUUCGCUGGUCAAGACUAUAGACCAGUUUGAAUAUGAUGGCUGUGACAAUUGUGAUGCAUACCUUCAGAUGAAGGGUAACCGGGAGAUGGUAUAUGACUGCACCAGCUCUUCCUUUGACGGAAUCAUUGCGAUGAUGAGUCCAGAGGACAGCUGGGUCUCCAAGUGGCAGCGAGUCAGUAGCUUUAAGCCGGGUGUGUAUGCAGUGUCAGUCACUGGUCGCCUUCCCCAAGGAAUCGUGCGAGAGCUGAAAAGUCGAGGAGUGGCUUACAAAUCCAGAGACACAGCUAUAAAGACCUAGCAAGAUGCGUGGCUGCCAGCAUCUUUGCUCCCCACCUCCUGCAUCUUAUUUUUUGUUACGGAACUAAAUGGACAGAACUUGAGAUACUCCCCACGCUCCAACUCUGAGACUCAGCAGGCUGUUGAGAGAGUACCUCACAGCGUGUCCCUGGGCCAUUUUACCUUUGGACUGCUGGUGGGGGUGGGGGUGGUUUGGGCUGGUGGAUUAACAGAGACUGAAUUGAAUGGGGGAUAGGAGACCCAGUCUGAGCCCUUGCCCAUGGGUAGGACUCUGGGUCAAAUGCCAAUAAACACGAACCCCUAGGAAAGUUCUUAAGCCCACGACAGAUGCCUUGCCACCUCCUCCUUUUUACCUGGGCACAAGAAGAACUCAGUUAACCCUGUAAGCACUUUUCCAGAGCAGCAGAGGCCCUCCUCCCCAUUACCCAUCUUUCAGCUUUUCGGGGUUGCGGCCUUUCUAGUGUGCUUCCUUGGGUCUUGUUGGAAGGUCUGCUGUCCUGAGUGUAGGCAGCCCCAUCAAGCUGGAGUCCUGGUGUCUGGGGGUUGCAGACUUGCUCUAGGCCUGGCACAGCAAGUGUCUUUUGAAGGAAAGCCGGAGGCUUCUUAGUAUUCUUUGCCUGUUGACCAUAUUUAAUACCGUCCCCCACUCUCUUUUUUUCUUCUUCUUUUUACUGCUCUUUUUCUAUCUUAGGCCAGUCAGUGGUACCCAUGACCCUCCCUUGCCCACCUACACAUAUUCUGCUGCAUUUCUCUUAACUGGAGACCCUCAGGUGGCUGCUGGGUCUUGGCCCCGUUAGUUUUUGCCUCUGCAGGAAUUGGGCCCCCCCCUUUCCCCUCUGGCCUAGUAGGAGGUUUUGAUACCAAGUUACGGGUCAAGGUGAGUUAUUUGUUUCAGAAUGAAAAAGUUACCAUAAAUUCUCAUUUACUUAAAUCCACAAAGAAUUCUAUUACUAUCCCCAUAUUGAUUCCCUAGGUUUCUUGUUCUCCAUCUGUAAAACAGUGAUAACACUCUGCCUGUUUACCUUAGUAUUGUGAUUACAAAAACGAAGCAAUGUGAAAAAUCUAGAACUUAGGUUUUAUAAAAAGUAAAAUUCA